AUGCAGCGCAGGUCUUGCGCCAAACUUACGACAAGGUUGCCAUUCUGGAUAUUGACUUAUGACCGAGGCGAUGUCAUGGUUUGUUCCAUUCAUUGUCAUCCGGAUUACGAUUAUCCAUUUCACAGUGGAUCUGAGGACGAAAACGCAAAAGGAAAAGCCACGUUUCAUGUACCAUUGAAACCAGGAGCUACUUGGACCGAUCAUUAUCAACCAGCAUUGGAACGUAGCCUGAGCAAGAUAUUUGGCGAAUUUGGAGCUCAAGCAUUGGUCGUAUCCAUGGGGUUGGAUACAUUACAAGGCGAUCCCGUCACGUUGCGUCGAGCUGGAUUUGCCAUGGGGCCCAAUGACUACAAGCCCAUGGGACGACUGAGUGGUUGCAAGUUGAGCAGCAAGGGCAUGCCGUGUCUAGUUGUUCAAGAAGGUGGAUACAAAAUGGACCAGGUAGGGUAA